AGUCUUAAACUCUUAAUUAAACAUAGAUCCAAUAUGAAAUCUUGAUUUAUAAUAACUAUUAGAAAUUUGGAAUUAGGAUUAAAAAUCUUACUGAGCAUUUUUAUUGGGAUUAUUUUCUUUCUUUGUCUGAAAACAAUUAAUUAAUUUUUGGUUUUGGGCUAUAUCAUUUUUUGGUUUUGGGCUUGAAAGCCCAUUUAGGGUUUUCCGGAGUAUCUUAAUUCUUAAGCGAAACACUCUUUAGGGGUUUCGAAAGAAGAGAAAGAAACAGAGCGAAAAAACGAAAAUGGCGGCGAACGGAGUAGCGACGGCGGGACGUCAGGUAUCAGAGAAAGAAGCUGAUAUCCAGAUGAUGUUAUCAGCCGAUGUUCACCUUGGUACCAAAAACUGCAACUAUCAGAUGGAGCGUUAUGUCUUCAAAAGACGCGACGACGGUAUUUACAUAAUCAAUCUUGGAAAGACAUGGGACAAGCUUCAGAUGGCUGCUAGGGUUAUUGUAGCAAUCGAAAACCCAAAAGACAUAAUUGUUCAAUCAGCCAGGCCUUAUGGACAAAGAGCUGUCUUGAAGUUUGCUCAGUACACUGGUGUUAAUGCGAUUGCUGGAAGACACACUCCUGGUACUUUCACUAACCAAAUGCAGACUUCUUUCAGUGAGCCUAGGUUGUUGAUUCUCACCGACCCAAGAACCGACCAUCAGCCAAUCAAGGAAGGUGCUUUGGGAAACAUUCCAACUAUUGCCUUCUGUGACACGGAUUCUCCAAUGGGAUUUGUCGACAUUGGUAUUCCUGCUAACAACAAGGGAAAACACAGCAUUGGUUGCUUGUUCUGGCUUUUGGCUCGUAUGGUUCUCCAAAUGCGUGGAACCAUUCUCGCAGCUCAGAAAUGGGAUGUCAUGGUGGAUCUGUUUUUCUACAGGGAGCCCGAAGAAGCAAAGCAAGAGGGUGAUGAAGAAGCUGAAGUACAGGCCGAUUAUGGAAUGGUUGGUGGUGACCAGUGGACCACUGCUCAAAUAUCUGAUGCUGCAUGGUCUGGUGAAGUCGAACAGCCAAUUUCUGCUGCACCUGCAGUUGGCGUUACCGUUGCUGCUGGAUGGGAGGCUGCUUCUGUUCCAGCUGCUGGUUGGGAGUAAAAGCUCUCUUAUUAGUUUAGCUCGAACUCGGUUAGAUGUAGACCUGAUUUUUUUGUUUUCGAGAUUUGGAGAGGAUUAGGACCAUAUUAGCUUGCUUUACUUCUUGUCUCUUGAGAAUUGCGACCAUGAGAUUAGGUGCAUUUUUGCCGGUAUUUCCAAGUUUCAACCAUAUAACGGUAUUUUAUCGUUGAUUCUUUCAUUGAAUUGAACAUUGGUCUUCUAUUUAAGUCAUAUUAUUCAUUGAUAUUGCAAAAAAAAUCUGAAUGUUAUG